CCAGUGUUGAGUGCCUUUGUCACAGAGUGUGCUAUAACAGAGACUGGUGAGCAUUUUGAUACAAAACGUGUUUCACGAGAAAGGGUUCAAUAUAGUGGUGAGCUAGAAGUGAGUUGUAUUUGAAUAAAAAACAAUGGAGGGUCUAUCGGAGAAUAAGAAGCCAACAAAUCCACGAGAAAAGGCCACUUUUUUCUCCUACCUUGUAUUCUGGUGGGUUUUGCCAAUAUUUUUUAAAGGACGAAAGAAGGAACUUGAGGAACAGGAUCUUUAUGAAGCUCUCAAGUGUCACAAAUCCGACUACUUGGGCGAUCUGAUGUGCAAGUCAUGGGAACAUGAAAUCAGAGUGAAAAAGGAGUUAGGAAAGAAGCCUAGCCUUCUCAGAGCAGCAUUGAGAGUUUUUGGUGGCAAGAUAAUGCUCCUUGGACUAUUUCUAGCGGCAAUUGAAUUCCUACUCAAGCUUCAAGCUCCACUUUUCCUUGGCAAUUUGAUAACUCACUUCAGUAGAUUGAAUUACACAGUAUCCCAACCAUUAUUUCUGGGUGGAUUAAUUUCCUAUUACUCAUCAAGUAAUGGUGUUACUCGAGAUGCAUACCUCUAUGCUGGAGCAGUAGUGCUAUGCAGUGCCUUGUCUGUGCUUUUCAUGCACUCCUUUAUGCUUAGCAAUUUACACGAGGGCAUGAAACUACGAGUUUCUAUGUGCAGUAUGAUCUACCGGAAAGCGCUACGCUUGAGCAAAAACGCUUUAGGCGAUACCACAGUAGGUCAAGUGGUGAAUUUGCUUUCUAAUGAUGUCGGCCGUUUGGACUUAUCUAUUAUCUUUCUUCAUUACUUGUGGGUUGGACCACUGGAGACAUUUGUCGUAACAUACUUGAUGUACAGAGAAGUGGGAGUUUCUGCAGUCUUUGGAGUAAUUUUUCUACUCCUAUUUAUUCCACUUCAAGCGUAUUUGGGAAAGAAAACUUCUGUUUUGCGAUUGAAAACUGCCCUCAGAACAGACGAACGCGUAAGGCUAAUGAAUGAAAUUAUUCAGGGAAUUCAAGUAAUAAAGAUGUAUGCCUGGGAAAAGCCAUUUGGAAAAUUAGUGGAACGAACAAGAAUAAAGGAGCUUAAAGUUAUCAGAUACGUGUCCUACAUUCGAGGAAUCCUCCUAUCAUUCAUCAUUUUCUCAACACGUGUGUCUGUCUUCAUUAGUUUGAUUGCUUUUGCUCUCUUGGGAAAUGUCGUGACUGCGGAGAAAGCAUUUGUUAUCACUGCGUAUUACAAUAUCUUGAGGCAGACUAUGACAAUAUUUUUCCCACAAGCAAUCGCGCAAUUGGCAGAAACAAUCGUCUCAGUAAAACGUAUUCAGAAAUACAUGCUGUACAAUGAGACUGAUCUUGGGCAAGAGGAACCAAUCACGCGCAAAACAAAUGCUUCCUUAAAUGAAAAGGAGCCUAAUAGUGCGCAAUCUACAGUCACGACAGGCUAUGACGACAUAAAGUAUAUUGACUCGCAUGAGUCUCUGUAUGAACCCAGUCUAGAGAGUCAAUCUGUGAAUGGAAGUGUGAAUCCAGUGGGCGUUACACUAAAAUCACUUACAGCCAAAUGGGAUUAUCUCGUUACAGAAAAUACAUUGGAUGAUAUAAGUUUGCAAAUUAAACCGUCGAAUUUAGUAGCUAUUAUUGGACCAGUUGGCGCUGGUAAAUCAAGCCUUAUACAGGCUAUUUUGGGUGAACUGCCCGCAUUAUCAGGAAGGAUAGACAUUAGUGGUGUAAUGUCGUAUGCCUCUCAGGAGCCGUGGCUGUUUUCUGGUACCAUUCGUCAAAAUAUUCUCUUUGGUCAGUCAAUGGACAAGAAGAGGUACCGAGAAGUUGUUAAGCGUUGUGCACUUGAGAAGGAUUUUUCUCUUUUUGCAAAUGGAGAUAAGACAAUUGUGGGCGAACGUGGACAAUCAUUGUCUGGUGGCCAGAAGGCUCGUAUUAGUUUAGCGAGAGCUGUUUAUCGUCAAGCAGCAAUCUAUCUUCUGGACGAUCCACUUAGUGCUGUGGAUACUCACGUUGGAAGACACCUUUUUGACCAAUGUAUGAGAAUCUAUCUGCGUGGGAAGAUUGUGAUUCUUGUAACGCACCAACUGCAAUACCUACAACAUGCAGAUCAGAUAGUUAUACUUGAUAAAGGACGUGUUCAGGAUGUCGGAACUUAUGAAAACCUAAAAGAGUCAGGGUUGGAUUUUGCUCAAUUGCUGCGAGAUUCAAAAGAAGAAGAUAAGGCUGAAGAAGGAGAAGAAAAUCGUAGUAGAAGUGGGAGUAAGACAUAUCAGCGCCGGAUUAGUGAAUCAAGCCUGGAAUCUUUGGAGAUGACUCAUGAAACGCCGUUACAGAAUGAAGAAGCACGAAAGGAAGGCUCAGUUGGAUUUGAAAUGUAUAAGAAAUAUUUCCAAGCAAGCGGUGGCUUCUGUGCUUUUUACUGGAUGAUGUUGUUUUGUGUUACUGCUCAACUAGCUGCAUCUGCCGGUGAUUAUUUUUUGACUUACUGGGUGAAUAAGGAGGAGCAGCGCAAUUUAGCCCUUGUGAGCACAAAUAAGAACGUUGCAAAUGAAAGUAAUAUAAAUCUCAAUCAACCAGUAGUAAGUCCAUCAGCUCUAGAUUAUGAUGGAUUUAUUGCCAAAAUUAUUAAAUACAUCGAUGGUUCUGAGUAUGAUAAUUACAUGGAUAUCUAUAUUUUCACGGGUCUUACUGUGGCCACAGUUGUAAUAACUCUGUCCAGGAGUUUCAUCUUUUUUAAUCUAGCUGUGAGGGCUGCUAAAACUCUACAUAAUGCAAUGUACAUGGGUGUGACAAGGGCCAGUAUGUACUUCUUUAAUACCAAUCCAUCUGGAAGAAUCCUGAACAGAUUCUCUAAAGAUAUGGGACAAGUGGAUGAAUUCUUACCAACUGUUAUGAUUGAUGUUAUUCAAAUUUUCUUAUCGCUAGCUGGAAUAAUAGUGGUUGUUGCUGUUGUUAAUUAUUGGCUUAUGAUACCCACUCUCAUUAUCGGCAUAAUUUUCUACUUCCUGCGUAAUUUUUAUCUUACCACUUCAAGAUGUGUAAAGAGAAUAGAGGCCACAACGCGAUCUCCCAUUUACUCUCAUCUUGGUGCUACUCUCACAGGACUGUCUACUAUUCGGGCUUUCCGAACGCAAAGAGUGCUUAUAAAGGAGUUUGACUGUUUACAAGAUCUCAAUAGUUCCGCCUUCUAUGUGUUCAUAUCGACUAGCAGAGCCUUUGGAUUCUGGCUGGAUGCCUUCUGUGUGCUUUACAUAGCUAUUGUGACUUUAAGUUUCUUCCUCAUGGGAGAUGCCUAUGGUGGCAAUGUCGGCCUUGCCAUAACUCAGGCAAUCGGAAUGACGGGAAUGGUGCAGUGGGGAAUGAGACAAUCUGCUGAGCUGGAGAAUACAAUGACGGCAGUGGAGAGAGUUGUUGAAUAUCAGAGUGUUGAUCCUGAAGGUGAACGCGAAGCAUUUGGAGACAAGAAACCACAGGAAAGUUGGCCAGAGGAAGGAAGAGUGAUUUUUGAUCAUCUGUCAUUGCGCUACUUUCCCACUAUGGAUGCUGAUCGUGUGCUCAAGGAGUUAGAAUUUGAGAUUAAACCGCAGGAGAAGAUUGGUAUUGUAGGCAGAACAGGUGCUGGCAAAUCGUCCCUGAUUAAUGCUCUCUUCAGACUAUCUUAUAAUGAUGGUAGCAUAUUGAUUGACGGACGAGACACAGGUGUGAUGGGAUUGCACGAUUUACGAAAGAAAAUUUCCAUAAUUCCGCAAGAACCAGUGCUAUUUUCUGGCUCUAUGCGUUACAAUCUUGAUCCUUUUGAUGAGUAUCCGGAUGAGAAAUUGUGGAAGGCACUGGAGGAUGUAAAACUGAAAACGGUAAUUGUAGAUUUACCUUCUGGGCUUCAAAGCAAAAUCUCAGAGGGAGGAAGUAACUUCAGUGUUGGCCAGAGGCAACUCGUAUGCCUUGCUAGAGCACUUUUGCGCGAGAAUAAAAUUCUCGUGAUGGACGAGGCGACCGCCAAUGUUGAUCCUCAAACAGACAAUCUAAUUCAGGCUACUAUUAGGGAGAUGUUUGCCAAUUGCACGGUUCUUACAAUUGCUCAUCGACUGAACACAGUGAUGGAUUCAGAUCGGGUGCUAGUAAUGGAUGCAGGAAGAGUUGUAGAAUUUGCUCCACCAUACGAAUUACUUACAGGCAUAAGUGGUUGUGGAAUGUUUGAGAAUAUGUUGCAAGAAACGGGUAAAGGGACCUAUGAUCAACUUCUUGAAAUAGCUCGCAGGAACUACGAGAAGAACUCUCACGUAGAAGUAAAACGCACGGACAUUGGAACCAAAAAAUAGUCAAGCACUGAAACCAUUCCUUGUGUGUGUGUGUGUGUGUGUGUCUUCAAUGACUAGUAUUAACAGUGCUGAAUGAGGAAAUGAUCUUUCUUCCUGUCUCUAAGCUUGCAUUACGUACUUAGAAGGCAAGAGAAAAAUUGUUAGCAAAAUUUUCACUUAUAGAUUUUUUUCUACUGUAACACCGAAUAGUUUGAAUACACUAAGAGUAUAGUGCAAAACUGGGAAGUGCCUUUUCAACAAACUAUUAUAUAUUUUAAAAGGAUAUUUUUGUUUGUUAUACAUGUUUCUAUUCUCAAAUGUUUUUACAAAAUUUUUGUCAAGAGUUUAGAAAUGUAAUGUGUAGAUUAAGGUGAUCUAAAAUAUGUACAAUAUUUAGUAAAUUCAAAAGUGAUAAAAUGGAUAAAACUGUAAAUCCUUUAUACAUAUGGCAAAUAAAAAGAUUUUGAAAAAUAUAAGUGUUUUUAUGGGAAAAUGUUUCUGUUUUUUUUAUUCUGGUUAACAAAAAACUUCAAUUGGAAUUAUUCAGAUGGUU